CAACCGACUCUGUCGAUCAUUCGCCGACAAGAGCUGUCUAUCUCCUCCCGUACAUAAUACUAUUUUAUUACAUUUACUACAUCAUACAAUAAACAGUAUCGUUAUCGUUUUUCUAAUAUUGUUACAUUUUGUAGGCGAUAAUAAUAUUAUACACUCGUGUUCUGGCGGUUCUGACAAACUGAGUUUAUACGGCACCACCAACACCGACGAAGACGACGGCGACAGACGAGCGGAAAUAAAGUUAUAAUAACAAUAUCAAUAAUAUAUUAUUAUAAACCUGGAGAAAUAAUCAAUAUCGCAGAAAUGUUGGCCGCUACAAAAACGGUUACCGUCUUGGCGUGCCUGACGAUGGCUAAUUGCGGAAUCUUCCACGCACAGCCAGUAGCCGAAGAACCUGCAGUUCCAGGAUCAUGUUGUCCGGCUGUGUCCCGAAGGCAAAAUUCCAUACCAGUACACUAUGUGACAGGCACACACUACGAAGUCGGAUACAGCGUCGGACGGACUUUUGGAUCGAUAAUUAAAGAAUAUGUACGCUUGUACGAGCCACUCCAGAGUGAGUUCUUACCAAUGUACGCUCAACCGGAAGGAAGGAAGAUUUAUGAAGAAAGUUUGAAGUCCACACAAAAAUACUUCCCUCAGUAUGUGAUCGAACUACAAGGCAUGGCUGAUGGAUCGGGAGUUCCGUUUCAUGAGUUAUUUCUAAUGGCAUUAGACGAUACACUGCCAAAGAAUUUAAAUGCUUCGAGUAAAGACAAAGGGCCGAUAGGAUGUACUUCAUUAAUAAUUAAUCAGCCAAAUGCACAGUUGUUAGGGCAUACAGAAGACGCGAUGUCAGAGACUGUGAAUAACUAUUACAUUGUGGCUGCUCAUGUGAUGCCCGGCGAAUCGGAGCUGGGUGGCAUGUUCUCGGCCAGAGAAGAGAAGUUCGAAGCACUCGCGUACGCUGGACACUUACCAGGUUACGCUAGCGGUCAUAACCACUACGGGUUGGUGUUUUCGAUUAACACGAUAUUCGUCAGUAAACCACUGAAGGGCAAAAUCCCUCGAGAGUUCAUCACAAGAGCACUGCUGUCCUCGCGGGCCGAUAUUAAUGAGAUUUUAGAAAUUUUGACCAACGAAGGCGUAGGUACGGCCGAUGGUUUCAACGUGAACUUUGGUUUCCUGAACGUACCAAAGGAAUCGCGUGUUUUUCACACAGUCGAAGUUACCCCCAAAACCGAUUCUGACAAAUCGGAAGUGCACCUCACAGACUUUGGUGUGGGAAACAACUCAUUACAUACCAACAGAUUACUCCAUCUAAAGUACCCGGAACUGGACGAAGCUGCUUACGGGAGCAGUGUAUCCAGGGAGAGUCGGUACAAGCAAAUGAUAGCCAACAAGACCGCUGCGAGUAUGGAGGACAUGUUGGAAGUGCUUGGUAACAAGGAAGACGAUCCGUGGCCAAUGUUUAGUGACAAGUCAGACGCCAGAGUCAGCACGAUUAAUUUGGGCGUGUUUGACUUCAAUAAGAAAAUUUGGGUCAUGUGGGCUAAUGAUCCAAUCAACAACCCACCUAUAUUGCAGUUGCCACUAACAUUUGCGGACUUGAUCAGCCCAAUAAGAAAUGAUAUUAACAAAGUCGAAGAGUUUGAAACUUUUUAUCCUGACAAAUAAUUAGAUACACUGAUCAAAAAUGUAUCAUCAUAUAGUCAUAUUACCAUUAUAUAGUACCUAUAUAUUAUACAUUAUAUUAAUUGGUUGUUAAUAUUAAUUAUCAUAUACUAUGGACAUAUUAUUUUACACAAUGUCAUCGAAUAGUCGAAAAUUAUAUCCUACGCUGAGUUAUUAUAUUUAUAUUAAUUAUUGUU